GGCACAGACCCGCCCCGGAAGGGCCGCUCCGCCAGCCCAUGGUCGGAGAGCAGCGCGCAGCCAAUAGUAGGGGGAGGCGGUGGGCGGCCGGCCAAUCACCGCAGCCCAACGGCUGCCGCGCUCAGCCGCCGCCACUCCCGGCGUGCCCCGUGAUGCGUGUGUGCUGGCUAGUGGGGAAGGACAAAUGCAGUCAGAGAGUGAAACUGCCACACAUGGAAGCAGUGGUGAUUGGGCGCGGCCCAGAGACUGGGAUAACGGAUAAGAAGUGCUCACGUCAGCAAGUUCAGUUAAAAGCAGACUGUAACAAGGGGUAUGUCACAGUUAAACAGAUAGGAGUCAACCCAACUAGUGUUGAUCUCGUGAAUAUUGGCAAGGGUGAAGAGGUGAAAAUGAAGCCAGGCCAAGUUCUGCAUAUUGUGAAUAAACUUUACCCUUACACGGUGCAAUUUGCUGAAGAAUCAGGGAAAACUGUUACCGAAGCAAAAGAGAAAAUACAAACCAAACAGGUGUCACGUGAGGACUCCUAUGAGAAUAAUGAUGUAGAGUUUGUGCCCAGAAAGACAAUGAAGAUGGAGGUGGGGGAUACAAAAGGCAGUUCUGCAAAUCCCAAGCUAAGCCAUACUGGUGUAUCUCCCCAUGAAGGAACUUCGAGCAAAACGGAACACUCAGGACACUGGAGUCAGGGUCUAAAGAGCUCCAUGCAAGAUCCAAAAAUGCAGGUUUACAAAGAUGAAAAGACUGUAGUCAUCAAGGAUAAAUAUCCCAAAGCACGUUACCACUGGCUUAUCUUACCAUGGGACCCCAUUUCAAGCCUCAAGGCAGUCACCAGGGACCAUCUUGAACUCCUGGAACAUAUGCAUGCAGUUGGGCAAAAAAUAAUCGAAGAGUGCCCCGCCCGAGAGAGUUUGGAGUUCAGACUGGGCUACCAUGCUAUCCCCAGCAUGAGUCAGCUACAUCUGCAUGUAAUCAGCCAGGAUUUUGAUUCUCCGGCCCUGAAAACCAAAAAGCACUGGAACUCUUUUACUACAGAUUACUUCUUAAAUUCUCAAGAUGUGAUAGAGAUGGUACGAAGCAAGGGAAAAGUGAUGGUGAAAGGUGAUGUCUCUGAACUUCUCAAAUUGCCCCUCAGAUGCCAUCGUUGCAAGCAACAUCUCUCCACUGUCCCACAGUUAAAGGAACAUCUCAAGAAACAUUCGCCAAAAUGACUUUGGAGAUAAAUCAUCCUGCAGUCUCUUUAGAUUUCUGGCUAGAACAAAGGCCUCAGAAUGUUGGUGAACUUGUGUACUUUUUGUUAAGUGGAAUGACAAAUGUAAUGUGUGAAAAAGCAACCUGGAAACAGCAGCACGCUAACUGCAAUUAUUCAGGCAAAAGCAAAGCCCAAUAUUAAAUAAAGUGACUUCUGAAUUGAA